GAGGGAGGUAUCUGAACCAUCUGUUUUCUCUCUGAAAUAAAAUAAAUAAAUAAUUUUUUGGGUAAUAUUCUAAACUUGCACAUUUGAUCUCUCCAUCCAGUUUUUUUUCAUCCUCUUAAGUUGUGAAGACUAAUCAAGAUUUAUUCUUUCUUCUGGUUUCUUUUCUUCCUUCCUCCUUUGUUUGACCUCCUCGUUUCUUUCCGCAUUUUCUCGGGAAAAAUCCAAUACACAAACACAACACACACACAAAAAAAAACAAAAAAAAAAAAGAUUGUGGUUUUCUGAUAGUCUCUCUAAUUAAAUCCUUUUUACCCAAUUGGUUCUGGCCUGAUUUGGCGCAAACCCUUUUCUUUUUUUUUGUUUGUGUUAAUUUGGAUUCUGGUGUUUUGGGUGGUGGAUCAGAGGAAGAAUAUGAUGACGAGUAUGGAAGGGAUGAUGGAGAUGGGUGUGUUGGAUGAUAUCAUUAGGAGAUUGUUGGAAGGUAAAGGAGGCAAACAGGUUCAGCUUUCCGAGAUCGAGAUCCGUCAACUCUGCGUUAACGCCCGUCAAAUCUUCCUCUCUCAGCCUAAUCUUCUCGAGCUUCAUGCCCCCAUUCGCAUCUGCGGUGAUAUCCAUGGACAGUACCAAGACCUUCUCAGGCUAUUCGAAUAUGGAGGCUAUCCUCCUUCUGCAAACUAUCUCUUCCUCGGCGAUUAUGUUGAUAGAGGCAAGCAAAGUCUUGAAACCAUUUGUUUACUCUUGGCUUACAAAAUCCGUUAUCCAUCCAAGAUUUUUCUCUUGAGAGGCAACCAUGAAGACGCUAAGAUCAACAGGAUUUACGGCUUCUAUGACGAAUGCAAACGGAGAUUUAAUGUACGUCUUUGGAAGAUUUUCACCGACUGCUUCAAUUGUUUGCCCGUAGCUGCUCUCAUUGACGAGAAGAUCCUUUGUAUGCAUGGUGGCUUGUCACCCGAAUUGCAAAACCUGGGGCAGAUCCGAGAGAUUCAAAGGCCUACUGAGAUCCCUGACAAUGGUCUUCUUUGUGAUUUACUUUGGUCUGAUCCUGAUCAGAAGAAUGAAGGAUGGACUGAUAGCGACCGAGGUAUCUCCUGCACGUUUGGAGCCGAUGUUGUCGCUGACUUUUUGGAUAAGAAUGAUCUUGAUCUCAUUUGCAGAGGCCAUCAGGUAGUGGAAGAUGGGUAUGAGUUUUUCGCAAAACGGAGAUUAGUCACAAUAUUCUCAGCUCCAAACUAUGGUGGAGAGUUUGACAAUGCCGGUGCAUUAUUGAGCGUGGAUCAAUCUCUCGUUUGCUCCUUUGAGAUUCUGAAACCGGCUCCAGCUUCUAGCAGUAAUCCUCUCAAGAAGGUACCAAAAAUGGGGAAGUCUUGAAACUCAAUAAAGCUUAUCAGGCUAGGCUCGGUGCAUUUCUUCAGAUGUGGUAAACUGCAAUGAAGAGGAGAACCUCAAAAGGCUACUUUACUUAGUCAUCAAAGAAGAAGAAGCAUCUGUAGAAAAAAACAAGAGAGAGAGAGAGAAAAAAAAACAAAGGUUGUUAAUCCAAAUAUUCUGUGUAUAGUUGCAGAAACAUCUCUUUUCUGCUUCUGGAGAUCGUCAUCAUCUCCUUUUGGUCUGUUCUAUUUGUCUUUCUUGUUUCGGUUACUCCUUUUUUUUUUUUUUAACACCUUAGUUUAACUUAGAGUGGCCUCUCCUCUUUUUGCAUUUAAUUUUCUUGUAUCAUCAAAUUCCCACAUUUCUUAAUCUUUUUUCCAUAUUGAAUUUGACUUUCAAUGUUUGGCUCUUUACUUUUCUGAUU